AUGGAAAAUGCCGAAGUGAACGCCCUGCUGAAAAUUAUUGGUUUGCAAUAUCGUCUAAAAUACGACAAGGAUGAGGACAUGAAAACUUUACGAUAUGGCAAAAUUAUGGUUAUGGCGGACCAGGAUCAAGAUGGAUCGCAUAUCAAAGGACUGGUCAUCAAUUUCAUACACUAUAAUUGGCCAGCAUUGGUUAGACGGAAUUUCGUUGAGGAAUUCAUUACUCCAAUUGUCAAGGCAACAAAAGGCAAGGAAGAAAUUUCGUUUUUUUCGUUACCAGAAUACAAAGAAUGGCUUAACAAUACAGAGAAUUGGAAAACAUAUCGCAUUAAAUACUACAAAGGUUUGGGCACUUCUACAUCGAAGGAAGCGAAGGAAUAUUUUAUGGAUAUGCGAAGGCAUAGAAUACAAUUCAGAUAUAGUGGUGAAGAAGAUGAUCAGGCACUGGAUAUGGCUUUUAGCAAGAAAAAGAUUGAGGAACGGAAAAUAUGGCUUACGAAUUGGAUGGCUGAACGAAGAAGUCGGCGAGAGGAUGGUUUGACGGAAGAAUAUUUGUAUGAUAAGGACACUCAUGUUGUUUCGUUCAAAGAUUUCGUCAAUAAGGAACUUGUUCUUUUUUCGAAUUGCGACAAUGAGAGGUCGAUUCCAAGUUUGGUAGAUGGUUUGAAGCCUGGACAGCGAAAGGUUUUGUUUACAUGCUUCAAAAGAGCUGAUAAAAAAGAAGUGAAAGUAGCUCAGUUAGCUGGUGCUGUGGGUGAAAUGUCUGCUUAUCAUCACGGCGAGGCAUCGCUGAUGUCAACAAUUGUGAAUUUAGCUCAAGAUUUUGUGGGCUCAAACAAUAUCAACCUUUUGUUGCCAAUCGGGCAGUUUGGUACGCGUUUGCAGGGUGGCAAAGAUAGCGCCAGCCCACGUUAUAUUUUCACUCAACUCAAUCCCGUAACCAAAGCAUUAUUCCCGUCGAUUGAUGAAAAUGUUCUUCGUUUCUUAUAUGAAGAAAAUCAGAAGAUCGAACCAGAAUGGUACUGCCCAGUUAUUCCUACUGUAUUAGUAAAUGGUACAGAAGGUAUUGGUACAGCUUGGUCUACAAAGGUGCCAUGCUAUAAUCCCCGUGAAAUAGUGGAUAAUAUGCGCGCUUUGAUCGAUGGGAAAGAGCCAAAAACCUUUGGUAAGAAAAAUUCAAUACCCUGGUACAAACAUUUUCGUGGUACCAUUGAACAACUUGAUGAUCAACGAUUUAUUUGUAAUGGUGAAGUGGCAAUUAUUAACAAUGAAACUAUUGAAAUAACUGAAUUACCAAUUCGUACCUGGACACAAACUUACAAAGAAGCAGUACUGGUCCCCAUGAUGGAUGGGAAUGACAAGCAACCGGCAGUAAUAACGGAUUUCAAAGAAUACCAUACUGAUACAACUGUUAAAUUUGUUGUCAAAAUGAGUAGUGACAAAUUGCGAGCAUCCAAGGAAGAGGGUCUCCACAAAGUUUUCAAGUUGCAAUCUGUCAUUAACACUACUUCAAUGGUGCUCUUCGAUCCAUUUGGAUAUUUACGACGGUUUGAAAAUGUUACUGAUAUUUGUAAAGAGUUCUUUGAAAUACGUAAGAAGAAAUAUAUUGAACGUAAAAGUUUUCAAGAAGGCUUGUUACGAGCGCAGAGUGAACGACUCUCAAAUCAGGCCAGGUUUAUUUUGGCUAAAAUAAAAGGAGAAAUACUGAUUGAGAACAAGCGGAAGGCUACAAUUGUCGAACAGCUGAUAAAAAUGAGUUUCAAGCCAGACCCCGUCAAGAAAUGGAAAGAAGAAAGGAAGAAGCAAGAAUUAAUGAUGUUGGGUGAGGUGGCACAAGAUGAAGAUGAGGAGGAACAAGAAGAAAACGAAGAGGAUACACACCAAAGUAAGGAAUUGGCUGCUAAAUUAAGUGAUUACGAUUAUUUGGUGGGUAUGGCAAUCCUGAAGCUUUCUGAAGAGGAAAAGGAUAAACUGCUGAAGGAAAGUGAGACAAAAUUGAGUGAACUGAAGUUAUUGGAAGAAAUGACAUGGGCAGAUUUGUGGAACAAUGAUUUGAAUUGUUUCCUUACCGAGCUCGAGAAACAGGAAGCAAAAGAACAAGCUGAUCUUGACAUACAGAUUAAGAAUGCAGCAAAAAAUUACACUCUGAUGCUGGCGGCGUUAGUCGAAAAAAGUCCCUAUUGGUCUAGUUAG